AUCCCAAAGCUCUGCAAAGCCACCUCACUCUUCUUCUAGUCUUUCUCACACGCACACAGCACAGCAGAAGCAGAGCACUCUCCCCAUCCUUGCUGCUCUUCUUCCCACUCUGCUCCUCCCACACGCAAGAAAAAGCAGAGACCUUUACCCCUCCUCCUCCUCCGCCGCCGCCGCCAUGGGAAAGGACUGCGGCAACCACGGCGAGGACGACCUGCGCCGCACGUGCCGUCGCCUGGCGGCCUUCAUCCUCCUCCUAGCCCUGGUCGUCGCCAUCAUCGCGCUCAUCGUCUACCUCGUGCUCCGCCCGACCCACCCGCGCUUCUUCCUCCAGGACGCCUCCCUCCGCCAGCUCGACCUCCCCCAAAACUCCUCCAACUCCGGCGCCGGCGGGGUGCUCUCCACGACGCUGCAGGUUACGAUCGCGUCCCGGAACCCCAACGACCGGGUGGGCGUCUACUACGACCGCCUCGACGUCUACGCCUCCUACAAGUACCAGCAGAUCACGCUCGCCGCCUCGCUGCCGCAGGUCUACCAGGGCCACGGCGACGUCGACGUCUGGUCCCCUGUCCUCUCCGGCCCCGGGAUCCCCUUCGCGCCUUACCUGGCCACCUCGCUCGCCGGGGAUGUGCAGGCCGGGUAUUUGGUCUUGCAGGUCAAGAUCGAUGGCCGGGUCAGGUGGAAGGUCGGGAGCUGGAUCUCGGGGCACUACCAUAUCUUCGUCACAUGCCCGGCGUUCCUUGUGGGCGCUGGCGGUAAUGGCGCGCCUGGAGCUUCUGGGUUGAGGUUCCAGACGGCUACCUACUGCCGCGUCGAGGUGUAGAGACGGCCGGGUCGGAAUUUUGGGUUCCGCCGUGCUCUGUGCUCUGCUUCUUCGUCUUCUUCUUCCUCUGCUCCGGCGGGCGGCGAGGUGGGUCAUGUCCCAAUUCGUUCUCAUGUGUGCACAGCCAAGAAGAACAAGACUCCAGAGGGUGGUAAAAAUGGUAAUAAGUGUUUUUUACAGGGGGGGUAUAUAGGUGUAAAGAGACAAGAGAGUUUUAGUGUGGGUUCAGUAUAAUGCUGGGGAGGGUUACAGGAGUCACCAAGUAAUUAUGUUUUGUCUGUGUUAAUUGGAGACUUGUUUAACUGCCAAUUAUAUACUACAAUAUAUGUAUAAACUUCUUGUGGUGAAAUCAAGGUGAAAUUGUUAAUGGUGGAAUCAAGGUGGAACUUCUGUUGGAA